AUGCGCUGCUGCUCACUGUCUAUCAAGGUGCUGGCCUUCGCGACGGCGGCCCUCAAUGGCGCGUGUGCGAUGGAUCUCGCGAAACUGCGCCAAUACAGCGAGAUGGCCGAAUCUGGUCUCUACCCAGAUGGCACGCCCAUGCACUCCGAAGAAGUCAUGGCGUCCCUCUUUUCGGCUCCUUCCACCUCCGCCGAGCCUGAGAACGUUGUCGCCGAGUACGUCGAGCUGCCGCUUAACCACUUCGGAAAGAAGGGCUCCUCGGACGGGACCUUUUACAACCGCUUCUGGGUCAGCACCGAUGCCUACAAGCCCGGUGCGCCAGUGUUUCUGUACGACGUGGGCGAGGCAGAUGGUGAGGCUUACGUGGAUUCAAGGUUGAGGAGGAACGUUACUACGACGAAUAUGUUCAGAGGGUUGGUGGAUAAGUACCAGGGGAUUGGAAUUGUGUGGGAGCAUCGAUACUAUGGUAACUCAACGCCUGGGAAUAUUCCAAUCAGCGUGGACACCAAGCCCGAGGUUUUUAAGUGGCUCAAUACUGAGCAGUCGCUCAAGGAUGUCGUCGUCUUCGCGGAGAAGUUCUCCCGUCCGAACAUCAAUUACACGCUCACGCCCGCCAAAACCCCUUGGGUCAUGAUCGGUGGAUCGUACCCUGCUAUGCGCACCGCCUUCAUGCGUGACCAGUACCCAGAGACCAUCUUUGCAGGUUUCGCUUCCAGCGCCCCGACGGAGGCAAAGGUGGAUAUGAGCGUGUACUUCGAGCCCGUUGCACGCGGCAUGGAGAGGUAUGGUGCCGGAAACUGCUCAAAGGAUGUCCAUGCUGCUAUCGGUUACAUUGAUAAGGAGCUUGGUAAGGGUGGUAAGACUGCCGCGGCCCUCAAGCAGCAGUUCCUCGGAGCUGGAGCGGAGAAGAACAGCCACGCCACCUUCGCCGACGCAUUGUCCACCAUCUUUUGGUACUGGCAGUCGUACGGAAUGGAUGGAUCACCCUGGAGUCUGGGAGAGUUCUGCAACUAUCUCGAAACUGACCCAGUCACCACCAAGGCUGCCGGAAAGGACGGUUGGGCAAAGACCAAGGGCGCGAAGUUCGUUGUUGACCGAUGGGCGAGCUGGCCAAAGUUUGCCGGCGUUGUCAGCGACUCCCUGAGCACGACCUGCUCAGGUAACAAGAACGUGACGGCCGACUGCAAUCUCAACCUGCCCUUCUUGGACCCGAGCAGUGUGAGCUGGACCUGGCAGUACUGCACGCAAUGGGGAUACUUCCAAUCCGCGAACCUUGGCCCCAACCAGCUCGUCUCAAAGUACAACUCCCUCCAGCACCAGCACGACAUCUGCCACCGCCAAUUCCCCACCGCCAAAGCACCCCUCUUCCCAGAAUGGCCCCAAACCGACCGUACAAACGCCAUCUUCGGUGGCUGGGACAUCCGUCCUUCACAGCUGUACUGGUCUGGCGGCGAAUUCGACCCCUGGCGGACACUCUCCCCUCUAUCCGCUGAGCCGUGGGCGCCGCACCCGCGUGCGUUUACCAACCCUCCGCAGUGCGGCGCAGAACAGGACGAAGAUGAGAUUUUCGGCUUUGUGCUUGCGAAUGCGCAGCAUUGCUAUGACUUCAGGACUACGGUGCCGUUGGGCGAGACGAGUAGGAAUUAUUUCUACACGGCACUGGAUAAGUGGUUGAAGUGCUUUAAGCCGAAGAAGGGGGGGGCUACGGACCUGCGCAACAUCAUCCCUCUUCUGGCGAAGCCAUAUCUUACCAAGGUGAAGGCUGUCCCACUCGGCGAACGUUGCUAUGUCUGCUUGCACGACUUCGGCACCCACGAUGAUCCGGACGACGACGAGCCGCCAUGCGAACCGAUACAACUGCAUCCAUGUGGACACCUUAUUGGCGACAAAUGCUAUGAGAAGCUGCCCACGUACCACCGAGAUAAGUGCCAGCUUUGCACGCGCCCCAUAACGUACACUACGCCCGUCCCCAGGAUCCUGUCUUUCCUCUGCAAGAUGGACAACUUCGGGCUCUUUCCGGCCGGUUUCAUUCCUGUUGCUGAUCGAUUCCUACUUCUCUUCUUCCGCUCGAUCUCUGUCGUUGACCAUCCCGCCACGCUCGCUGAGGUGCAAGCCGUGCUCUUCAGUAGCAGUCCCUUCACCAAGCUACAUGCUGUGUACCUUUGGAUUACCCAUCUUACCGCUGUCUUGUUCUAA